AGCUGGGCAUGGUGGUGGGUGCCUUUAGCCCCUGCUACUCAGGAGGCUGAGGCAGGAGAAUGGCAUGAACCUGGGAGGCGGAGAUUGCAGUGAGCCAAGAUCAUGCCACUGCGCUCCAGUGACAAAGUGAGUCUCCAAUCUCAAAAAAAAAAAAGAGUGUAAUGAGUGUGCAAAAUCCUUUUGUCUGAGGUAACACCUCAGCAGGUAUUAGGGAAUUCACACAAGAGAGAAAUCCUGUGUGUCAGAGACUGGCUGUGUGUUCUACAAAAUUCACCCUUUUAUCUGUUGGACACACAGAUUGCAUUUCUCAGCCCCCUGUUAUUGUGGGUGCAUUAUAUAACAGCUCUGUAGUAGAAUAUGUAUGCAAGUAGCCAGGCACAGUAGCUCACGACUGUAAUCCCAGCACUUUGGGAGGCUGAGGUGGGCAGAUCACGAGGUCAGGAGUUUGAGACCAGCCUGACCAACAUCGUGAAACCCUGUUUCUACUAAAAGAUAUAAAAAUAAAUAGCCAGUCAUGGUGGUGUGCACCUGUAAUCCCAGCUACUCUGGAGGCUGACGCGGAAGAAUGGUGUGAACCCAGGAGGCAGAGGUUGCAGUGAGCUGAAAUCGUCCCAUUGCACUCCAGCCUGGGUGACAGAGCAACACUCCAUCUCAAAAAAAAAAAAAAAAAAAAAAAAAAGUAUGUGAGUGAUGAUCCUUACGGGCCUGGCUCUCACACAGAGUGACAUAAAGCCUUCCACAUUUUCUCAGAUCCUGUGGUACCGAAGUACUGAUGACCCCUAUGAUGGCCUUGGGAGACAUAGGUGGGAAAAGGUGACUGCUUUAAGACUGAAGGAAUUACAUACACCUACUAUGUCCCAACAAAAAUUAAAAAUAAAAACAUUGAACUGAUUGUCUAUCCUUGGCUUACUCCUUUAGGACGUGUUAAUCCAUGGCAAGUGGCGCACACAAGUGUGGCAGCGUUUUUUCCGAGUACAGUAGUUUAAUGGGGAAGAACAGUAUUGAAGAACAUGUCAAAAACAGAAACAGACACCUGCUGAGGCAAGAGUCUCAGUCAUAGCCUGCCUUCAUCUCUGAAGGGACCAGGCGACCCACGGAGUGCCUCGGCAGCCUUGUCAUUGCAUGCAAUCUUCACAGACAAGAUCUCACUGCAACCACCUUUCUACAGGAGCACAGUUGUGACAUUAUACUGAUGACAUCAUUCUCAGAGAAAAUUCAUUUUACACACUAAGGACACACAGAUACAAGGAGGCUUACACAAAGGGAAUGGACCUUUCCCUAACACACUGGUGCAAGGCCCUGCCACUUUGCUUCAAUUCCUGAAAAUUCCUUGGUAAACAUGGGGCUGCCCUAUUCCUGAGACUUUCAAAAAAUAGUUAUUGAUCCUCUCAGCAUCCACAAUGUUAAUACAAGCCCAACAGUGUUUAAUUUGUGUUUUGUUUUUUGGAGGCACAGUCUUGCUCUGUCACCCAGACUGGUGUGAAGUGGCACGAUUUCAUCUCACUGCAGCCUCGACCUCCUGAGCUCAAGCAAUUCUCCCAUCUCGGCCUUCCAAGUAGCUAAGACUGCAGUUUAGGCUAUGAGCAGAGAUGGACGAGGUGGCUACUGCAAUGGAUCAAGGCUAUGAGCAGAGAUGGACGAGGUGGCUACUGCAAUGGAUCAAGGCUAUGAGCAGAGAUGGACGAGGUGGCUACUGCAAUGGAUCAAGGCUAUGAGCAGAGAUGGACGAGGUGGCUACUGCAUUGGAUCAAGACUAUGAGCAGAGAUGGACGAGGUGGCUACUGCAAUGGAUCAAGGCUAUGAGCAGAGAUUGACGAGGUGGCUACUGCAAUGGAUCAAGGCUAUGAGCAGAGAUGGACGAGGUGGCUACUGAAAUGGAUCAAGGCUAUGAGCAGAGAUGGACGAGGUGGCUACUGCAAUGGAUCAAGGCUAUGAGCAGAGAUGGACGAGGUGGCUACUGCAGUGGAUCAAGGCUAUGAGCAGAGAUGGACGAGGUGGCUACUGCAUUGGAUCAAGACUAUGAGCAGAGAUGGACGAGGUGGCUACUGCAAUGGAUCAAGGCUAUGAGCAGAGAUGGACGAGGUGGCUACUGCAAUGGAUCAAGGCUAUGAGCAGAGAUGGACGAGGUGGCUACUGCAGUGGAUCAAGGCUAUGAGCAGAGAUGGACGAGGUGGCUACUGCAGUGGAUCAAGGCUAUGAGCAGAGAUGGACGAGGUGGCUACUGCAGUGGAUCAAGGCUAUGAGCAGAGAUGGACGAGGUGGCUACUGCAGUGGAUCAAGGCUAUGAGCAGAGAUGGACGAGGUGGCUACUGCAAUGGAUCAAGGCUAUGAGCAGAGAUGGACGAGGUGGCUACUGUAAUGGAUCAAGGCUAUGAGCAGAGAUGGAUGAGGCAGCGGCUGUAAUGGAUUAAGGCUAUGAGCAUCUUGUGAAGUAGGAUGUUAAAUCUGUAAAUAUCAGAAUGAAUCCAAACUUACCAGUUCAAAACUGGAUUGUAAAAUAGCUCAAAAAAGACUGAAAACACAGCUCUACACAUUAGGAGGCUGAGGCAGCAGAUUGCUUAAGUUCAAGAAUUGCAGACAAGUCCAGGAAACAUGGAAAAACCGUCUCUACAAAAAAAAAAAUUAUUUUUAAUUAGCUGGGUAUGGUGAUAUGAGCCUGUGGUCCCAGCUUUUCAGGAGGCUGACGUGAGAGGAUUGCUUGAGCCCAGAAGGCAGAGGCUGCAGUGAGCUCUGAUCACGCCACUGCCUAGGUGACAGAGUGAGACCCGUCUCAAAAACAAACAAACAAAAAUAACAAACAAAAACAGCUCUAAACGAAGGUGGCUAGAAAAGUAGCUCAAGUUGUUCCUGUCUGGUUAAACACAAACAUAAAUGAACUACUUGUGUGCCCAGUGGCUUCAUAAUGCUGAGAGCAAAGUCAAUUAUUCUAGCAGGUUCUAGAAAACUUCAUCAUAUCAUGGGGUUCAAUGAAAAUAUCAAAUCAUAAAUAUAAUAAUCAAAUCUGAAAGUGAAUCUAGUUUCAAAGACCUCAGAAGCCACUGUGUAGGAAGCUCCUUUCAGAUAGAGACAAGGGAUUAUCUGACUUCUCUAUCUUUCAAUAAGAGAAGAUUAUUUCAAUAUUUGAAUUAAGAUUAUUUCAACAUUUGAAAUAAAUAAUAAAUUUGAUUAUUUCUCUAUCUUUCAGAUAGAGACAGGGGAUUUUUUGACUUCUUAUCUCUGUUGUGUAGCACAAUGUCCAGAACACAACAGAUAUUCCAUAUCCAUAGUCACAUCCUAUGUAUGUGUAUUUCUUUUCCAGCAAGGACUAGAGGUCCUAAGGUUUGUUUAUAUGGUAAGCCAGUGCCCAAAUGAGCAGGAGAAUCUUAGCACAGUCACCUACACACUCAUUUCAAUGCUCUGGCCCCUUAUCCAGGCUAGUCAAAGUGUGGUCUAUGGUUUUGCAUUUUAAGGGAUCCCCGGGUGAAUCUUGUGGCUGUCAAAGGAGGAGAAGCACUGCCCUCAAAAUAUAGAAAAGGUGAACUAAUUUAUCGUGGCAGGCUGGCUAUUUAUUUGUGUAUUUAUUUAUCUUGUUGAUGGGAAAAUUCAAAUUGACAUACACAAUCACCCCCAUAAGGAUUUCAGGUAAAAAACAAAGGUUUAGAUAUCAGAUGUGUUUUACAAUUACCACACCAGUCUUUUUACUACAGCAUCUAGUAGCACAUUUCCAAUAGAUUUAGGUGAAAAUUUCUAUCUCAUGAGCCUUCUGUCAGUGUUUUUAAAAUUGGAUUCUCUAUUAGUGGCCAUAUUGAAUCUCUUACAGGCAUCUCACUCAAACUGCAGUCAUACUUUCCAAUAGGCCCCAUAAAAAUCCUUGUUCUGGAGCAAUCUAAUAUAUUUAUCCACCUCGUUAGACACUUAGGUAAGUAUAAUAAUACAAGUUUUGUGUGUGUUUGUGUGUAUUGUGUAGGUUGUGGCCUCUUGCUCAGUUUCUGCAACACCCGAAGCUGAUGCAAGUUUAAUGUAAAUAACGUCCAGCAAUGUUAGAAAUGUUGACUUCUAUGAGCCCAUCAGGAAAAAAAGGUGAAUGUUAUUGUAGAGGAAAUUUUCAUUCUGGAAAAAAUGCAUACUGUUUAAAUAUUACUUUCAUGCUUUCUGCAGAUAUUAUACACAGAUAUUAUAUUCCAAGGGUUAUGUUUCAAAGUCUUCAAAAAUAGAAAAUACAUUUUAUAUUUCUAGCUGAAAAUAAUAACAGUAAUUAGCCUACCUUUGGGGAAAUGGAUAAAAAUACUAACGAACAUCACAACUCAUUUAAAAGCAUAAAAUGUGCAAUGAUUUAAACUACAUGUUCUUUCUAUGAAUCUGCAUAGAAAUAUAGACACAUUUGAUGAAUGCUAUUUAAAGUCUGAGUGCUUUGGUAAAUGAUUCAUCUAUAGGUUGAAGGGAUUACUUUUAUCUGCCUUCAUAGUGAGAAUUAGAUUUCUAUUCUUUAUAAAGCAAGGAAUACAGAUUGUGCAUGGAUUAAAAGCAUUCAAUCCUUAAUAAUGAUGGUAGCUGCACUGCAGAAAAGAAAGCCUGUCAGAGUAACGUAUUCAGUUUUACAUCAUAAUCAGAGGUAUGUCGAUCUCUGUUGAAGGCAGAAUUAAAAACGCCUUCAACAUUUUUAAAAUAAUAGAUGAAAAACAUCUCAAAGUCACUUUUAAAAUUUGAAUUGAUGAUUCCACAUAACAGGAAAAGGACCAAGAACAUCUUAAAUACUUCACUAUGGAAGUGAUGUUUUAAGUGCAAUUUCAUCAAGGAGAAGUUUUUCCAGAAAGUCUUUUGACCUCAGUAAGAAUCUUAUUUACUCUGGUAAAUAGUUUCUAGUAAAAUGAGAAAGACUUGAUUUUUUAAAAACAAUAAAAAAUUUACAUGGUUUAAUCUAAUGUUGUGAUUUCGAAAGUACUACUUGUGCCCUUAUAGUUACGCAUGUGUAUUUAUACGCAUUUUCUUGGCUCAUUCAAACGCCAAUAAAAUACUUUACUAUCCAGGCCCCUUAAAAGCCAAAUUAAUUUUUAAAAGUGAGGAUUGUAUGUAUGCUGUGAGGUGUGCGCAGGUGUAUGCGUGUGAUGUGUAUGUAUGGUGUGUGUGUGUCUGUGUGUGUAGUAGGUUCAUGGGGUAUGUAUAUGUGUGUAUGGUGUGUAUUGUGGGUGUUAUGUGUGUAUACUGUGUGUAGUUUGCGGGUGGUGCAUGGUGUGUAUAUGUGCUGUUUGUGAUGUAUGUGUGUGUGGUGUGUAUGUGUACUAUGUGUGGUGUGCGUGUGAUAUGUGUGUGUGCAGUGUGUGGUGUAUGUGAUGUGUGUGUGUGGUGCUGGGUGUGUGUGCACUGUGUGUAGUGUUUGAUGUGUGAUGUGUGUAGAAUGUGUGGUUUGUGUGUGUGCACACUGUGUGUGGUGUGUGUGCUCUGUGUGUGUGUGAUGCUAUAUAUACGUGUGCAGUGUGUGGGGAGUAUGUGUGGAGUGUGUGUUUGACGUGUGUGGGGAGUAUGGGAUGUGUGUGGUGCUGUAUGUGUAUGUUGUGUGUGUAGCAGAUUCGUGUGUGUUGUGUGUGUGCAGUGUGUGGGGGGGUAUGGGUGUGUGCACAUUGUGCGGUGUGGUGUGUGGGGAUGUGUGCACGUGUGCACAUGGUGUGUGUGCAGUGUGUGUGGUGUGUGGGUGUGUGUGUGUGCACAUGGUGUGUGUGUGGUGUAUCAGGGGUGUGCGUGUGUGCACCUGGUGUGUGUGCGGUGUGUGUGGUGUGUGUGGGGGGGUGUGCGUGUGCACAUGGUGUGUAUGCAAUGUGUGGUGUCUGUAUGUGGUGUGUGUACAUGUGCACGUGGUGUGUGUGCAGUAUGUGGGGGGGGUGUGUGCAUGUAUACAUGGUGUGUGUGCAGGGUGUGUGGUGUCUGUGGGGUGUGUGUGCGUGUGUACAUGGUGUGGUGUGUGGGGGGGUGUGUGCAUGUAUACAUGGUGUGCUGCGUGCAGUGUGUGUGGUGUCUGUGUGUGGUGUAUGUGUGGGGCGUAUGUGUUUGCAUACAUGGUGUGUAUGCAGUGUGUGUGGUGUGUGUAUGUACACAUGGUGUGGCGUGUGAAGUGGGUGUGUGUGCAGUGUGUGGUGUCUGUGUGGGGUGUGUGUGCACAUGUGUGUGCAGUGUGUGUUGUCUGUGGAGUGUGUGCACGUGUGUGUGCAUGUGGUGUCUGGGGUGUGUAUGCGUGCACAUGGUGUGUGUGUGGUGUGUGUGUGCACAUGGUGUGUGUGCAGUGUGUGGUGUCUGGUGUGUGCAUGUGCACAUGUGUGUGCAGUGUGUGUGUGUGUCUAGGGUGUGUGCAUGUGCAGAUGGUUGUGUGCAGCGUGUGUGGUGUCUGGUGUGUGUGCACAUGGUGUGUGUGCAGUGGUGUCUGGGGUGCGUGUGCAUGUGCACAUGGUGUGUGGAGUGGGUGUGGUGUGUGUGUGGGGUGUGCAUGUGCACAUGGUGUGUGUGCAGUGUGUGGUGUCUGGGGUGUGUGCGUGUGCACAUGGUGUGUGUGCAGUGGUGUCUGGGGUGUGUGUGCAUGUGCACAUGGUGUGUGGAGUGUGUGUGGUGUGUGUGUGGGGUGUGAAUGUGCACAUGGUGUGUGUGCAGUGUGUGGUGUCUGGUGUGUGCAUGUGCACUUGUGUGCAGUGUGUGUGUAUCUAGGGUGUGUGCAUGUGCAGAUGGUUAUGUGCAGUGUGUGUGGUGUCUGGGGUGUGUGCACACGGUGUGUGUGCAGUGUGGUGUCUGGGGUGCGUGUGCAUGUGCACAUGGUGUGUGGAGUGGGUGUGGGUGUGUGGGGUGUGCAUGUGCACAUGGUGUGUGUGCAGUGUGUGGUGUCUGGGGUGUGUGCGUGUGUACGUGGUGUGUGUGCAGUGGCUGUGGUGUGUGUGCAGUGCGGGGGGGCGUGUGUGUGCGUGUGCACAUGGUGUGUGUGCAGUGGGUGUGGUGUCUGGGGUGUGUGUGUGGUGUCUGGGGUGUGUGUGUGUGCACAUGGUGUGUGUGCAGUGGGUGUGGUGUCGGGUGUGUGUGUGGUGUCUGGGGUGUGUGUGUGUGGUGUCUGGGGUGUGUGUGUGUGCACAUGGUGUGUGUGCAGUGGGUGUGGUGUCGGGUGUGUGUGUGGUGUCUGGGGUGUGGGUGUGGUGUCUGGGGUGUGUGUGUGUGCACAUGGUGUGUGUGCAGUGUGUGGUGUCUGCGUGUGGGGUGUGUAUGCGUGUGUGUGGGGAAAAGAAAGAGAUCAGACUGUUACUGUGUCUAUGUAGAAAGAAGUAGACAUAAGAGACUCCAUUUUGUUCUGUACUAAGAAAAAUUCUUCUGCCUUGAGAGGCUGUUAAUCUGUAACCCUACCCCCAACCCUGUGCUCCCUGAGACAUGUAAUGUGUCAAGUCAAGGUUAAAUGGAUUAAGGGCUGUGCAGGAUGUGCUUUGUUAAACAAAUGCUUGAAGCCAGCAUGCUUGUUAAGUCACCACCACUCCCUACUCUCAAGUACCCAGAGACACAAAACACUGCGGAAGGCCGGCCACAGGGACCUCUGCCUAGGAAAGCCAGGUAUUGUCCAAGGUUUCUCCCCAUGUGAUAGUCUGAAAUAUGGCCUCGUGGGAAGGGAAAGACUUAACUGUCCCCCAGCCUGACACCCAUAAAGGGUCUGUGCUGAGGAGGAUUAGUAAAAGAGGAAGGCCUCCUUGCAGUUGAGGUAAGAGGAAGGCAUCUGUCUCCUGCUCGUCCCUGGGAAAUGGCAUGUCUCCGUGUAAAGGCCGAUUGUAUAUUCCAUCUACUGAGAUAAGGGAAAACCGCCUUAGGGCUGGAGGUGGGACAUGCUGGCAGCAAUACUGCUCUUUAAGAAAUUGAGAUGUUUAUGUGUAUGAACAUAAAAAGCACAGCACUUUUUUCUUUACCUUGUUUAUGAUGCAGAGACAUUUGUUCAUAUGUUUUCCUGCUAACCUUCUCUCCACUAUUACCCUAUUGUCCUGCCACAUCUCCCUCUCUGAGAAUCUCCCGAUAAUGAUCAAUAAAUACUAAGGGAACUCAGAGACUGGUGCCGGUGCCGGUCCUCCAUAUGCUGAGCGCCGUUCCCCUGGGCCCACUUUUCUUUCUCUAUACUUUGUCUCUGUGUAUCUUUCUUUUCUCAAGUCUCUCAUUCCACCCGACGAGAAAUGCCCGCAAGUGUGGAGGGGCAGGCCACCUCUUCACGUGUGCACAUGGUGUGUGUGCUGUUUGUGUGGUGUCUGUGUGGGGUGUGUGUGCGUGUGCACAUGGUGUGGUGUGUGCAUUGUGUGUUAUGAGUGACUGCUUCUCUUAGUAUGUGGACAUCAGUCUUCCAGACCAGCUUUCUCCAUGUGUCUGGGAACAUAAGAAACAAGUUUCUGCAAUUAUUGUUACACAACUUUUCCCGAGAGGGACCAAAUCUCUGUCGUGAGUGGGUAUCUGCGUCAUUGCAGGAGGGAAUGUGAUGUCCUGGCUUGGUUCACACCCUCUGUGGGUUUAGGCAGGGUUCCUGCUGGAUCCCUCACUGUGGCCAGAGAGGGAGGGCUCUGUUUAACCACAGGGAACCAGAAGAGGACUGGUGUGUGGGAAGACCAGGUAAUCAUAAUGGUAUUAAUAAUAGUGGUAAUAAUACUGUUUUAUACAUUGUAUAUGUCAUAAGGAUUUUAACUUUCAUGUAACAUAAUUGUUGUAAAAAUGUCCCCAGUUUGUUUCGUGUCAUUUACCUGGUGUUGAAAUAUGUAAGAAUUUAUGUUUUAGGUAUGUUAGGUUUAUUCCUUUUUAUAUGGUUUCUGUUUGAAAUUUUGAUUUCAGAAGACAUUCAUUCUCAAGGUCGUAAAACACACACACAUUUAAUUUUCUUUUCUUUUUUUACAUUUAAUACUGUAAUUAACUUUUAUGUAAGGUGUGGGACCAUGAUUCAAUUCUAUCAUUUUAUAUUCUCAAAUCAUUACCCAAUAUUUUAAUAUCAUAAAUGGAAAAAUCGCUGUUUUGUGGGUUUAAAAUGUUACCCUGUUAGUAAAUGAAAUUAUACUCAAUUUCUGUGUUUUUAAUUCUCUUUCAUUAAUGUGUUUAUUUUUGUACCAUUUCAAAUUUAAUUUUGAAUAGUCAUAACAAUCUUAAAUAUAGUAAAUUUUAUAAUAUUGGGUCUCGUGUGUGUGUUCAAUAGAUGGAUUUAAAAUCACAUUUUCUUGUUCAAAAAUAUUUUUCUUAGAAUUUUUAUUGGAAUUUGAGCAUAUUUUGAAAUGAUUUACAGCAAACUAAAUAGUUAAUAUUGAGUCCUGUCAUCCAGAAUGUGACAUGCAAAUUCCUCAAACCUCCUUUAAUGCCAUUUAGUCAAAAUUAAUAUGUUAAAUCAAUAUAAAUUAGUAUAAAUGAGUAUAACUAAUGAUUAAAAUAAAUUAAUGUG